AUGUCAAACUUUGCUCCAGAAUUCGAAGAUGACGAGCAGUUCCAAAGCACCAUUGUUUCCCAGUCUUCUACGGGCAGUCCGCCUCAUGCAGAAAAAAACCCAGAUGCAGAGGUUGUGGCUCUGUCUCCAAGAACACUAAUGGCAACAAAUAGGUACAUUUGUGAGGUAUGCCACAAGGGAUUUCAGAGAGAUCAGAACCUUCAGCUACACAGAAGAGGACACAACUUGCCUUGGAAGCUGAAGCAAAGGACAAACAUACAGGUCAAGAAGAGGGUUUAUGUCUGUCCAGAGCCUAACUGUGUGCAUCAUGACCCAAGCCGAGCUUUAGGUGACUUAACUGGCAUUAAGAAACACUUCUGUAGGAAGCAUGGAGAAAAGAAAUGGAAGUGUGACAGGUGCUCCAAACGUUAUGCUGUUCAAUCAGACUGGAAGGCUCACACAAAGAUAUGUGGUACCAGAGAAUAUCGUUGUGAUUGUGGCACAAUCUUCUCGAGGAAGGACAGCUUUGUCACACAUAGAGCCUUCUGCGAUGCAUUGACGGAGGAGAACAACAGGCUGAAUCAGAACUUUGCUGCCACUGGAGGAAUGUUGCGGAGCCAUGCACAGGAGCUUUUCAUUUCAUCAAUGCCCGGCUCCUAUUCCUGCUCAGAGACAAACACAACGAUGAACCUGUCAAUAUCUAAUGAGAACGUUGACAAUUCACUGAAGCCAUUAUCCUCUGGCUCAGCUGGAGUCAUGAUAUCGAGCAAUUUAGAUCCAACUUUCGAUCCAAGAACAACCCGGACAUGUUUUAGCUCUGAAGGUGGAUCAAAUGCCUAUCCGAUGACAAUUGGUUCGUGUUACACAUCUGCGACAGCCUUGUUACAGAAGGCUGCAGAAAUGGGUGCUAAAACCAGCGAUAAUUCAUUUGCCCCAAUAAUCCUCAAAGGAUUUAAUGGGUACCCUAUUAGUAGCAUGAACUCAUCAGGAUCUGUCCAGGUGGGUUCUUCUGGAGGCAUUAUGGGGCCAAACACCAAUGGUUCUAUUGAGAGAGAUCGAGAACCAUAUGAUAAAACCUUAGAUCCCGGGGAUCAUGAACCAAAUUAUACUAUCUCUCACUCUCAAACUGGAUUGUUUCACUCUCCUCUUUCUGUGCACACGGAAAAUGGACAUGCUGGUAAUCUACUAAGACAUGUAUACAUUGGAGAAGGAGAAAAAAUGACUGUUGAUUUCUUAGGAGUGGAAUCAGCUGGGAAUUCAAGCACCGGGAAGAAAAGAAGUUACGAUGGUAAUGUAAUUGGGUUGGAAUAUUCAAAUGCACAGCAAAGCGUGCAAAAUCUGCACUCGGAAUGGUGAUAAACUCAUCCGAGUUCAGGUUAACGUGAAUUACAUACUAUCUCUGAUGCUCCGAUGUCCGCUGAAGGCAAUUCGCAAAGCCUUCUGGUUUGAUCAUUUUGUAGCAAUUAAAGAAAAAAACUUAAUUAUGUA